AUGACCACGAAUCAAAAAGUAGAAGAAGCGAGAGUACUCCACACUGUUCCGUCCGAUCUGCUCCCAAACUACCGCCGUGUAUGGAAUCAGGCGGAAGCUGGUAGUUACACAGAGGGAUUAGGGCGUCUUGUCAUUGUCACCUCUGAAAUGGUCGCUGCGGCGGCGAUACAAUGCAUUAGAUCAGGGCAGCGCACAACCUUGGCUUGGGACAUGAGUCAGCUCAACAUUGCAAAUUUCGACCGCCAGCCAGCGCAGCACCACAUUGUCGGCCUUUUGGGCAGGCUCGGCUUCGACGAUGUGUAUGUCUUCAAUCCACAACUACGUCACAGUGAGAUGGAUCGCGUCAGUGAGCGAAUGGCAUACGCGACUACCAAGACUCACAACAUGCCGGGGUCGAAGGCUCUAUGGAAAUGCUGCGCUGUAUCUGGGACACGGGGUUUCGCAGUCGUUGGCGGUGACAGCCUGGCUUGCGAGGUAUAUCCGGCAAAGAAGGAGUAUGUUUGA